CGGGGCCGGUCGUGGCGCUCAGGGAUGGAUGCUGCGCCCGGGAGCGCCCCGCCGUCCUCCGCCGCGGCGUUGCGGCUGGCGCUGGCGGCUCCGGGACUGCCCGAGGGUCCCCUCGGCUGCCCCAUCUGCCUGGACGUGCUGCGGGACCCGGUGACGGUGCCGUGCGGACACAACUUCUGCCAGGGCUGCUUGCAGGCGCUCCGCCAGCGGCCAGGCCCCCCCGACGGCGGCGGAGCGGGCGGGGCCGCUCGCUGCCCGCUGUGCCAGGAGCCCGUCCCCGCGGCCCUGCGGCUCUGCAAGAACCGCGCCCUGUGCGAGCUCCUGCCGUUGCUGGCGGCCGCCACCGGCGGCUCGUCCCCGCCGUCCCCGGCCGCCGCGUCCCCGAUGGCCCCGGGAGCCGAGGAGGAGGAUGCCGCGGGGGAGGAAGGAGCGGCGGUGCUGUGCGAUGUGUGCCCGCCGGGCUCACGCGUGGCGGCCGAGCGCUCGUGUYUGGUGUGCCUGGCGUCCUUCUGCGGGGCGCACCUGGAGCCGCACCGGCGMGCCCCCGCCUUCCGCGCACACCGCCUGGUGGCCCCGCUCCGCCGGCUGGAGGAGGGGCUGUGCCCCCGCCACCUGCAGCCCCUCGACGGCUUCUGCCGCACCGAGCAGAGCUGUGUCUGCGCCCGCUGCCGCGCCCACGAGCAUCGCGCCCACGACGUGGUGCCCCUCGAGCAGGAGCGAGAGCACAAGCAGGCCCAGCAAGCCAAAUUCCUCAGCGAUGUGGAGAAUGAGCUGGAGGAGCUGGYAGUCACCAUUGCCCAGGCCAAGAAGAUGGUGGAGCUCAUUAAGGGUGCUGCCACCAAGGAGAGGGAAAGGGUCCAGAAGCUCUUUGCAGAAGCCUCCGAGGUGCUGGCGACCUUCCAGAAGGAGGUGACGGGGUUCAUCGAGGACGGGGAGCGCUCCAUGCUGGGGGAGGCCGAGGCCGAUCUCCGCUGGAAGGAGGAGAGACGAGCCAAGCUGGCCCAGUGCAAGCAAAACCUGGAGAAUGUCCCCAGCACUGACACCAUCUACUUCCUGCAGGAAUUUCAGGCCUUGAAAGUAGCCAUGGAAGAAAACCACUCUCCAGCUCUGAGCUUCCAGAACGAGCUGAACUUCACCAAGUGCGCCCAAGCUGUGGGUGCCGUGAAGGAUGUGCUGUCCACCGCCUGCAAAAACCAGUGGAACCACUUGCAGGGGAAAGGAAUUGAUGGCUUGAAYGGCCAGGAGAUGGAGGAAGCACUGGCCGAGUCCCGAUUUCCAGACAAGUCAAACAAUCCCGCCUGCCUGGAGAGCCGUGAUUAUUUCCUGAAAUUUGCCUUCAUCAUCGACCUGGACAGCGACACCGCCGACAAGUUCAUCCAGCUGUUCGGCACCAAGGGGGCCAAGCGGGUGCUGUGCCCCAUCCCCUACCCGGAGAGCCCCACCCGCUUCAUCAACUGYGAGCAGGUGCUGGGGCUCAACCUCAUGAACAGGGGCAACUACUACUGGGAGGUGGAGCUGAUCGAUGGCUGGGUGAGCAUCGGGGUCAUCGCCGAGGACUUUGACCCGCGGGAAGCCUACAACCAGGGCCGCCUGGGCCGCAACGACAGGUCCUGCUGCCUGCAGUGGAACGGCCAGAGUUACGCAGCCUGGUUUGGUGGCCUGGAGCACCCCAUCCAGCAGCCCUUCUUCCACACCAUCGGCGUCUUCCUGGAGUACUCGGAAAAGGCUYUGACCUUCUACGGGGUCAAGGACUCCAAGAUGACCUGCCUGCAGCAGCUCAAGGUCUGCCCCUCGGCCAAGGGGAAGUGUGACCCGUUCCAGAGCAAGAUCAACCGGCAGUUUGCCUCUCUGUUCUCGUGCAAGCUGAAGCCGGCCUUCUUCCUGGAGAGCGUGGAUGCCCACCUGCAGAUCGGGCCGCUCAAGAAGGAUUGUGUGUCGGUGCUGAAGCGCCGGUGACUGCCCGGGGAGGGGGGCACGGCCACACACACAAAAGCCUGUCCUGCGGGUUGUUGCCACCUCUSUCUGGUAGCCCUGUGUGUCUCUGUGGUAGCCCUCCCUCCUCUCUGUGCUGUUGGGGACCCAGGGCUGGACAGAGCCUCCUGAGGGGCAGGGCUGGGGGCCGGGAUGGGGCUGGGUCCGAGUGCCAGCUCUGCCGCUUGGGCCAGUCCCUGUGCUGCUCCCUGCCCCUCAGCUUCCCUUUCUGGACAUCAGGGACUGUCAGACAGCCUUUCUUGGUAAAGUGUGCUGCUCAGGAGUGCCACACGGGUUUGGAGUUGUGCUUUGGCCGCCUGCCCAGUCCCUCUCCUUCACCUCUGCUCGUGCUGCCCCGGCGACUUGUGCAGAUGCUUUGUGCCUUAUCUCGGGCUCUGUUGCUGAUGCUUUUCUAAGUGCUGCCUCAUGGACACCUUCUGCACACUCCUCACUAAGUGCCUUUGAUGGAGCAAGCCCUGCGUGGACCAGGUGAACCCCCAAAGCAGACGUGGUCACCUCCCUGGUGCCACAUCACCGCUGUUCCCUGGCUUGGAUGAGCUGGUAUUGCGGGGAGAGGGAUGUGGAGGAGCCUGGCUGGGUGCUGGGGUGAUGCUGGGGUGAUGCUGGGGUGAUGCUGGGGUGAUUCAGCACCUCUCCUUGCAGGGUUGCCCAACCAUUAGUGCUGCAAAUGUGAAAUGAGGAUCUCUGCCCGCUGGGAAAGGGAGAAACCUCCUGCCAAGAAGCAGCAGCGCUGUUCCUUCCUGGAGAUGGGGAAGGGAACAGCACAAACCAAAUUUUGARGAUGUGCUUUCAGUAAAUACAUUCCCUAGCAACUGCUGAAGCCUUACAGCCAAAUUCUCCCCCGUGUUUCUGAUGACUCUACUAUUUUGGAGGAUUUUAGUACUGUUAAGCUCCCAACCCUUCAAGAACCCUGGGCACACUUGAGCUGAAAAUCUGCCCCUUAGCUUUGGGAUUUCUAAGUGACAGAGGUGCUGUAUCCUAUGUCCCAGGGCUAAAUGGUCCRGUUUCGUGUUUUUAGGGACAGCUGUGAGUGCCCUGAUAAAGGUGCAGCAUCCGUCAGUUACUAAAUGACCCUUUAGACUCUGGGAAUAAGAAACAAUUAACAAAAACUACUCUCAAGCAAGAGGGAACACUGUUCCCUUCAGGAAAGGUGGAAACACGAGGCUGAGAGCCAAAACUGCCAGUUCACAUGUCCGAAGGGAGCUUUUUCAGAAGGAAAACACAGAAAUAUUGCCUGUGAGGGUGGCACAGAGCAGCCCUUGUCUCAGCCCAGCGUGCCUUUCCACCAGUUUAUUUUUUCUGGGGUGAUUUUGCUACCUACCUCCCAAAGUUUGCUUUCCAGAACCGUAGUGCUGUGUAAUGCACACCUGGAGAGAAAAUACAGAGGGUCAGGUUCUUCACUGGCAUGAGCGAGCCAGUGAUGAUGCAACAACGGUCAGCAGGGAUAGGAAACAGCUCAUUUARCUAAAUAUAUGAUAUAUGUAUAUAUUUCCCCCAAAGGAGAAGCUGGAAAUCAUAGUGCUGUAUUCAAGUGGAGCCAAGGGAAAAACGUGAAUGUGAAUAAAAGGUAGGCACAAAGCUGAGAGGAUUGAAGUUAAAGCCACGUUUCCAUGUAAAGCCACGUUUACACACCGAGGCUCAAAGASCUCCUUUACUGUGACUCCUUCGCCAGCGCUGCCAAUUCCUGCUGGCUCAGAAAGAGCUGCCAGUCCCCAGAAAAUCGGGAUAUUUGACUGAAUGAAGGGUCUGAAUGCGGCCACUCCUUCCCCGGGGCAAGGCUGGUGAGUCAGUUUGGGAAGGGGCUUGCUGGGAUCUGUCUGCAAAUUCCUCCUCCUCCUCCUCCCCCUCGGCAUGAGGUGCCUCCUAAAUGGUGCGAGCAGUGGGAAAAGGAACARUAAGGGCUUCCAGAGUGAAAUCUGCAGCUGAAAUCUUGGCCUUUCCUGGCUGGUGGGAAUGCUGCCCAGACUUCUGUCCGGAUGGGAAUUCAUUCCCCGCGUCCCGAGCUCCAAACCCGCUUUGUUUGGCUGGCGCCAGCGGCCCCUGCAGAGCCCGGCGCUUGCACGAGAUGUCAGCGGUGACACAG